AUGAUUGGUGAUGAUCAGCGUCUGCCAAUUGAUUUUAAUGACAUAGGCCAACCUAUAGGACCUACCAAAAAGACGUAUGCCACCAAGCUGGGGAAAAUAACCAGAAAUCUCGUCCCACCAUCUAUUAAAAGUUGGAAGCAAGUUCCUCUGCCAUUGAAGGAAGAAAUCUGGAGGAGUCUCUCCAAUGCAUACAUGGUUCCUGAAUAUGUCAAGGCCAAAGCUUUGAAAAUGGCAAAUCUGUUAUGGAAGAAUGCCAAGACUAAACUAAGGGCGAUGUGUGAUGACUGUUCCAGUGUUGCUGAAAUGAGAAAAAGGAUACCCAAAAAUUUGAAAAAAGAGGACUGGGAUGCCUUCGUUGAUAUUGUGAGUAAAGGCGAAGAUAAGGAGGUUAGGGAAAGAAUGAAGAGAGCAAGGUCAAAGAUAAAAGCUGCACACAGUACCGGUAGGCGUGGUAUUGCACAACGCCGACAUGAAAUGGAACAAGCAAGUCCUACUGGUAAGGUAUUAAGGGUUGACUUGUACCUGGCUACACAUGUGUACCAAGAAAUGUCUGAAGAGGACCGUCUAAACUUCGAUCUCCUAUCUUAUGAAGUAACAUCAAGAGAUUAUGUUGUACUUGGCCGUGAUGGAAGGGGUGUUGUUCGAGGCUUUGGAGGUGGGGUCUCAAAGACUGAGUUACGUGCAUCUGCAGUUAGUAGAGAGCUAUUGCGUAAGGAGAAAUUUAAGACUGCUGCUGUAGAAAAUCGUGUCUGUAAUCUUGAGGAGACUGUUGAGGAUCUAAGAGCCUUAAGUGUCAGCCCUGGCACCAACAAUGCUAAUAAUACUCAGCCAAUGAAUGUGGAUGGUCAAAGAUUCCAGUAUGUUGUAUUAAGGAAUAUGCGCAAGGGUGCAGUUGCAUUCGGACGUAUUGAUAGGAGUGCUGAUGAAAAUGAUGAUUUUUAUUUUCUCGUCCUCAUUGAUGAAGUAGUGAUACGCAGUGAGCCGCUCUGCGUUGGAGAAGGAACUCUUUCUAGUGUGAAACAUGGUGACAAGAUUUUGUGGCCCAAGCACUCUGUUGGACCUUGGCCAGUAGUACUUGAUGCAGAUUUUUGA